UCUGGGACUGCGCAGUGCGCAGGGUUGCUGUGCAGCGAAAGUAUCGGUAUCGGACGGUCGUAUUUUUGUUAUGCUGUUGUUGUUGUUUAGCAAAAAUGGAUCAACAACUGCACCGUCUGACGGAUCGUCAAUACUCGGAAAUGGAGGGCUUGCUACAGGCAAUGGAUAUGCCGAGCUCAGACCACGAAGAAAUCGAGUCGGAAUCGUGCCGACUUAGCCGGUACAAUGCUGUCAACCUGUACGAGGGACGUCAGCGUUGCUACACAAUGCCGCACGUACCCCCUGCGCCGCCAUCCACACCAACGCUGCUAACGUCCAACGGCAAUGGUGGCAGCAGCGGAGGAGGCAGUGGCAUCUUCAGCAGCAACAGCAACGGCAACUGCAGCACCGUUGGCAUUGGCAUUGGCAAUGGCAAUUGCAGCAAUGGCAGCUCCAGCUCACCACCCACCGCCAAUUUGGUGGCCGAUAAUCAAAUCAAUCACAUCUUUUAUGUGAAAAACGGCAAGAAUCCGAGUCGACGCGAAUCCCGUUGCGCCGACACGGAACUCUCCAAGCUCUUCAAUGUGGUCUCCAUCACGAAUCGUUUGACCGCCAUCAAGAAUCAGAAUCGUUCGCACAAACAUCAGCAUCAUCAUCAGCAGCCGCAGCAUCAUCACCAUCACCAUCAUCAGCAGCAGCAGCAACAGCAGCAGCAUCCGCAACUGCAACUGAGCGAGCGUGGCAUCAUCAAUGCAUCACGAAACAUUUCCAAGUUGCAUGGAGCGACGAAAAUCUUUAAGAUUCAUCGCGAUCCCAAGAUGAAGAUCCAUCGGUUCCUGCGCGAAACAGACGAAGAUUCGGUGUCGGCACCCGAGUACGAUGAGGAGGAGGAGGACACACGUUUUCGUUUCUUUCGGCGAACACGACGCUCCUACAGUCGCAUGGGCAGGAAGAUUGCACGCUUCGAGCAUCACGAGCGAAUGGAGACGAUUGUUGAUAGCUUCGAUGCGGCCAUGAGUUUCAACGAUGCAGAUACCUGAGCGGAUGCAGCGGCGGUGGCGGCGACGGCGGCAACAACAUCAUCCACAACAGCAGCUGUAUCCGCAUCCUCAGUCGCCACCGCAGUUGCAGCCGCGCAUUGCAACAGCAACAGCAGCAACAACAACAACAACAGUAACACCACAGGCACGGGCUGAGUGCAAACCAAUGUGAUGAAUGUGAAUUUCAACUAAAUUAUUUUUAUUACUACUAAUAUUAUUACGAUUAUGAUUACCGAUUAUCGAUUACCGAACUGUUCUCUCCAUAAAUUUAGUUCUUUUUGCGCCCAAUUGUCGUCGCGUCUUUGCUGUUGUCUUGGUUCUUGAAUAGAAUGGACUUGGACAUAGUUGGAUAUGGAAGAAAUCCAUACCAUUCCAUUUAUUCAUCCAACCAAGCAAGAAACAAAGCGCUGCGCAGGGCGAGCAUUUAGUUUUUAGAUUAGUUCUUACAAAAGCCUCUGUGUGUGGUCGCUUCACUUUGCGCCUCCAUUCAACAGUUGCAACCAACAACCAACCAACAACAACCAUCAACAAUAAGCACAAUGUCAAGUAUUUUGUUGGUUGUUUGGUAGAUCUGCAACUGUAGAAGGGUGCAGUGGAGCCAAAACAACAAACGAUUCCAAUAAAAUGCACAAAAUAAUGUGUAGUAUUUGUGAAGACAGACGAAAAAUAAACAAAACAAAAACGAUGUAAUUUUCUUCUUAUCGUGACGCUGUUAACAUAUCCCAAAUGGAUCUAUAUAAGAAAUUGUUCAUAUGUUCAGCGAGUUACGAUCUAAUAUUGUUGUGAUCCCAGACUACUAAAAAAAAAAACCAAAACAAACAUAUACAACAUAACAUGCAACAUAUAACAUGAUGAACCGUCUAAAAAUUCAAUUUGUACAAAAACACACAAGUUUAUUCAAUCAGACUGUUUAUUUAACUAAAAAAAAGCGACUAUAUAAUAGUGCAAACCUGUGCAAAUCUAUGAUCUAUGGAAAAGUCACAAUUAAACAAUUUCGUGUAGACAACAAA